CACAUUCGGGGAUAGAGGGGCCACUGAUGAGUUUGGGAAGCCUCUCCCCCUGUCCCUGGUUUUCCAGAAACGCCCCCAUCUCCGAGCAGGAUGUUAAUCAGUAAUGGUCCCACGGGCAGCCGCGUACUUUGGAAGGGUAAAUAUUUGCUGCAGGCUUCCAGCAACAAACCCCAGCCUGCUGUCUUUGCCCUGAAUGAAGGACCUUCCCAGGCACCGGGGGCCACUCACUGGAAGUCUCGCCGCUGAAGAGAAGCGCUCGCUCCUCGGGCCUCCACGGCUGACCAGAUGACGGCGGCGGCGCUGCGGCUCCUGCUCCCCUGCCUCCUGGCCAAGGCGUGGCUGGUAUGCGGCUUGGCCCCCAGCUCCCGGCCACCGGGGGCCCAGGCAGGGCCGGAGACUCUGCAGCCCCCCGCCAACCGGCAUGAGGCCCUCCAGGGAGUGCAGGCCCCUGAAGAGGAGCAGGAGAAGGAGCCCUGGCUGACGGCCAGCGAGCGCCAGCUCUGCGAGGACACCUUCAACCUGGGGUUCAGCCUGCUGCGCAAGAUCUCCAUGAGGCACGAAGGCAACGUGGUCUUCUCGCCGCUCAGCCUGUCCUCGGCCAUGGCGGCCCUGACGCUGGGGGCCAGAGGGCAGACCAAAGCCCAGCUGGAGGGCAGGCUCCUGCAGACCCGGAACGGGACCAGGCCCGGGCACCUGCCCACCCUCCUCCGGCGGUUCAGGGAGCGCCUCUCCCACAACCGGGAGCUGGGCCUCGUGCAGGGGAGCUUGGCCUUCAUCCACGAGGAUUUCGAUAUCAAAGAGACCUUCCUCAACCUAUCCAAGAGGUAUUUCGAUACGGAGUGUGUGACGAUGAACUUUCGCAAUGCCUCGCAGGCCCAAGGGCUCAUGGACCAUUACAUCAACAAGGAGACGGAGGGGAAGAUCCCCAAACUCUUGGUUGAGAUUAACCCCGACACCAAGUUAAUCCUCGUGGAUUACAUCUUCCUCAAAGGGAGGUGGCUGACCCCGUUCGACCCCGUGUUCACCGAGGCCGGCACUUUCCGCCUGAGCAAGUACCAGGCGGUCACGGUGCCCAUGAUGUUCAGGGCGGGCAGCUUCGCCUCCACCUUCGAUAGGAACCUGCGCUGCCACGUGCUCAAACUGCCCUACCGAGGGAACGCCACCAUGCUGGUGGUCCUCAUGGAGAAGAUGGGGGACCACCUGGCCCUGGAAGACUACCUGACCUCAGACCUGGUGGACUCGUGGCUGAGGAACAUGAAGACCAGAAACAUGGAAGUUUUCUUUCCGAAGUUCAAGUUAGAUCAGAAGUAUGAGAUGCAUGAACUGCUUAAGCAGAUGGGAAUCAGAAAGAUCUUCUCCCCCUGGGCCAGCCUGAGCGAGCUCUCAGCUACUGCGAGAAAUCUGAAAGUAACUAAGGUUUUACAGAAAUCAGUGAUCGAGGUCAACGAGAAGGGCACCGAGGCCAUGGCGGGCACGCUGUCAGAAAUCAUCGCCUACGCCUUGCCCCCCCUCAUCAAGGUGAACCGGCCAUUCCACUUCAUGAUCUAUGAAGAAGCUUCCAGACUGCUUCUCUUUCUGGGCAGGGUGGUGAACCCCACUCUGCUGUGAGGGAUGACGCGCCCGCGUUCGACGUGCACAGCGGGUGCGGAGUGCGAGCCGUGGGAACCCACACACGACACCGGCUCCGGGCGGCGGAAGAGAGGGGCCCGGGUCCUCUGCGGGUCCGAGCCGCUCCUAGGUAAACCCGCAUAGUACAUGCAAACUUACCUGAAGGGGAUGUUCGGACCACCUGCUUGGUAUUUUAAGCCUGUUCCUAAGGACUAGCCUGGUGGAGUGUCUUUACCUUUCUCUGUUUCUCACGCAUCUGGACUCCAAACAUGGUAGACAAGGACACUGUUCCCAGAGGAAGCCUCUGGGAGGAAGAGUCGUCCACACGCUCCAUGAGUCACGCGCUCGACUCUUUACUUCCCUCUGGUGCACAGUGUUUUCUCGUAAUCUGGGGUAGAAUCAUUUCUUGCUGACUAAAAUCGUGGAGAGCAGGACCAAUACAAUGUCACUGGUCAGACCAAAAGAGCAUAAAGUAUAGAAACCAAAGUGGAGUCACUCGUGUUAACCAAGAGGGCUGCCAGUCAGCCAUGACACUUUGGCUCAAGAGGGAAAACACCUAAGUCAGCGCAGACACAUCUGGCAAGGAGACCCACCUAAGGUAUCUGUCUGCACAUGUGGUCAGAACGGCCGUGUCUGCAGAGCGGGACCGCCCCCAGAUGGGCUCCUGGGGAAGGUCUGUACUUGCCAUCAGGGGUGCCAAGACCCUUAUCAAAGGACCCAGAAGCGUGGAGUGCGCCACUUUCAAGGGCAUAACCGAGGCAGGCCCCAGACCACUGCCGAGACACCAGAGGGCUGCUCCACGCCACGCUGGUCUCCCCUGGCACCGGCCACCGGAGGCUCUGCCCUGCUGGACUGAGGACUUCGCCUGCCCUGCUGCCCGCCCGGCUCCAGAGACCCUUCCUUACAAGACGCCGACGACUCCCUUGUUCCCGUGCUGCCUCCCCGACCUGCAGACCGAGACUCGGGGACUCGGGUUCGUGAUCCCCCACUGAUUGCUGUGUGUGUGUGUGUGUGUGUGCGUGUGUGUGCACACGUGUGCGAUAUUUCUCCUGGAUCGUUAGUGUGGGCCGGAUAUUAACGUGUAUUGAUGAAUCUGCCUUCAAUAAAAGCUGAGUGAACGGCA